UCCAACCUCAACCAUCUCAUCACCACGAUGUCCGAUCCGUUGAGUGUCGCCGCUUCCAUCGCAGGACUCAUCUCAAUCACAGUAGAGGCUGUCAAGUUCCUCAGCCCUUAUGUCUCGGCAGCGAAAGAGACCCCGCAGGUCGCGGCUCAUGUCUACUCUGAAGUCCAGAGCACCCAGGUCAUACUGAUGGGGCUUCAGAGCCUGACCAAGAACCUUGGGUCAGUUAGGGUUCAGCAUGCCGCGCUCAUUGGGGUGAAUCAGGUCGUGGCGGUCCUCACAGAUGGGGUGCUUCUUUACUCGGAGUUGCAUAAGGAACUUCAGUCAUUGCGGGCGAAAGAUGGCGCGGAAAAGGUGCCGCUUAGAGGUCGUUUGCAGUGGGUAUGGAAGGAGAGUACGUUUGUUACUCUUCUCAAUAGGCUGCAAAGUUUCAAAAGCUCAAUGACACUUGUCUUGAUGAUUCUGCAAAGUGACUCUGGUGAAACCGCAAAAGAACAUCAGGAGCAGCUCUCCAAUAAUGUCAAAGUUCUUCUAGAUAGCAACGACGCCCUGUCACGUCGGCUGAUGAAUAUUGAGGACGCUUUGGAUGCUCAGACAAUUAUUUCAAGGCGCAUGAGCAUUCUCUCACUGAGUGCAUCUCCAUCUCAAAACACAAGUCAGCAAUCAACUGCGGCAUCACCAGCUACAUCAAUCAGCACCGAUACCAGCCUUGCUAUAUCCAAGUUUGACUUCGAGGAUGACCUUGAGUCAUCACGUGUAUAUCGCCGCGCAGUGAGAGAAACCAUGGACUUUUCAUUCCGAAGCUCGAUUGCAAGAUCUCACAACUGGUCUGUCUUCUCAGGCCUGAGUUUAGGAGACAUCUCCAUCAUGUCUGUCAUCGCAUUGCCUGUGUAUCAGGAUGAUAUCACUAAUGCUGAGCACUAUGACUUCGGAGAAGAAGCUGCUCUCAAUGGUCGAACACCUGGGCCAGUUAUGGACCAGCCUUUACUGAUAGAAUGCCUCGAGAUCAAGCUUAAGCUCCUCACGAUACCGGGGAUGCAAAGGUACUUUGACGAAAUCCCUCACCCCCUUGACGACUUCUUUCACCUCUGGUCAGUUCUUCAGGAGGUUAUGCCACUCGUGAUCCUUGCUCAGGCUUUGGACCCAACUCUCCUGGAUGUCGGUCUACCAGAGGACCUGACCGACAAUGUCAGGAAAGAGCUAGUCUUAUGGUUUGCUCAGUUCUGUCACGACAGAUUGGAUAUAGAAACAAGCAACUUGAUCACAGUCCAGGACCUGAUGUGGGGUAACGAGUAUGGCAUUUUCAGGGUAAUCUCACUCAUUUCGAGUAUCACCAAGAACCUCGUAAUCACUGGUCUUCCUAUGAACGAUUUGUCUUCAGCUAAAGCACAAGUCGACGUCCAGCCCCCAGAGAUUCGAAAGCUGGUCAACGAGCAGCGUCAGUUCGUCCGGGAUGUCAUUGAACUCCUUGAGAUCAAGGACCAACUGGAGAUGUAUAUGAACCCAAUAUUUCAAGGCUUAAGAGUACUCGCAGAUGUACAGAUCGCAUUGCUUCUCAUUAUGGAAGGGAACCUGUUACGUCCAUCGGCCGAUCAGGAAUGGGCUUCAGCAUUUGGUUAUCUUUUUAGAUAUAUCGAGGUUGAAGCUGCGUCAUAUGCCAACGAUAAACUUAACAGAACCAGCAUACAACUUUGGCUGAAAGAAGGGCAUUUCAGAGAUAAGGAUAAGACAAGAAGCCUACUGGGAAGAUGCUUCGAUAUCCUGCCCAUGAGAGCCAAACGAAUCUCUGCACUCUUUGAAUUCUUGGAGUACUUGAAAGCCCAGCCGAUCGUCACAGAAGAGCAGAAGAAUGAUGGCAGCAUGGCUCGAUCUUCUGUUUCGAGGCUGGUUGUUCGGCUGCAGGACAACGCCAUAUCUGAGGAUACACAGGCAGCUGUUCAAAAGCUUCAACAAAAGAUAGAGGACUGGAAGGGCAUUGAUCCAGAUGCUCUUGGUGAGUUGAUUCUCUCUAAGACACUCUAUGUGACGAAGAGUUCCAAGACCAAUCUGUACCAUGCAUAUCUUUUCCAGAACAUGCUUCUCCUGUGCAAAGAGACCCGUGGUGAACCUACAGGAGAGCGGUCAUUUUACAGGUCGAAAUCUCUAUCUGAGCAGAAACAGACAAAGUUUCUACUAAAGGGACGAUUCUACCUGAGACACAUUCUCUCAGUCACCCCGACUUCCCAACACGAUACACAUGUAUGCGAGGUCCAAUGGGGUGCUGACAAUAGCGACAAAUCAAAAUUCUCACUCGUGUUUGCAGUCGAGUCUGAAAUGCGAAUAUGGGCAUCAAAGAUUGAUGAGUAUCGAAUGAUGGCAAUACUCAUGGUGAAGCCAAAGCGUGGUCCAGAAGAAAUGGACUUAUCAAUAGAAAGGAACACAGAUGAACCUGAACCUGAAGGGUUGACAGAGCGUAUGGAACCAUGGAAGCGCUACGGAGUAAUAAAAUAGUCAAUUUGGUGUAUGAUACGCAUUACAAAUUGAUUAGUAAACACUAAACAAC